GGUAUGCCAGCAACAGUUACCACAGCCCAGCCUGGGAGAGUAGAGAUUCAACUCCAUUAAACUCUGCCCCUGAACAGAAGCUACUGGUUAGUCUCUUGCUCCUCAACCAGCUGUAAUAAAGCCACGCCAGCAGCAGAGCUCCAUCUCCUCUGCUCUACUACUGUCCUUUACUGCUGCACAGGCUGUUGAAAGAUCAACACUCUGUAAUGAAGAUGGAGUCCCCCCUGACAGAGCUUCCCACCGUGCUGUCCAAUCAUUCCAUGGAGAGCUGUCCACCUGUGGAUAAUACAGUGGAGAAUAUGGUGUUUGGAUUCUACUACAUCAUCAUUUUCCUCAUGGCACUGAAUGGCAAUAGUCUCGCUCUGUGGAUCUUCACUCGCCAGAGAGGCCCCUCUUCUCCAGCCAAUGUCUUCCUGCUCCAUCUUGCUGUAGCUGACCUGUCUUAUGUCUUCAUCUUACCCCUCAGGGCCACUUAUCAUUUAACUGGUGGACACUGGCCAUUUGGUGAAAUCCCCUGCCGUCUCGCGGGCUUCCUCUUCUAUGUCAACAUGUAUGCUAGUUUGUACUUUCUGGCCUGUGUUGCAGGUGAUAGAUAUCUUGCUGUAGUACAUGCUGUGUGUUCCCUCAAGGUUAGACACCCUCGCUAUGCUCACAUAGUCAGCAUUGCAAUUUGGGCUUUGGUGACGGUGUCUAUGGCGCCCCUACUGGUCACCCAUCAGACUGCAGAAGUGAAUGGCUCUACUAUAUGUUUGCAGUUGUACAGAGAAAAGGCCUCAAGCCGUGCUCUUGUCUCCCUCAUUGUGGCGUUUACACCCCCUUUCCUUGCCACCCUCUCUUGCUAUCUGCUAAUAGUGCACAGUCUGCGGAAGGGCUCAAGGUUGGAACCUGCUCUGAAACUCCGAGCUCUCCGCACGAUCGGCUUGGUCAUGCUAAUCUACAUAGUGUGCUUUUUGCCCUAUCACUUAAGUCGUGCAAUUUUUAUUCUGGGUUAUGGACACCCAGAUCUGUCCUGCCAAAUAAAAAGAGGGCUUGCUCUGGCCAACCGGCUUACUUCUUCUCUAACCUGCCUAAAUGGUGCUCUGGAUCCCCUGGUCUACUUGUUUGCUGCUGAGAAGUUCAGGGGGAGUGUUCGCAGGCUUCUCUGCAGAGAGAAGUCAGGGGGAUCCAGUGCAAAUAGCGGAGAUCUGAAAGGAACUCAUGAGAGCUCUCUGAGUGCAAAGUCUGAGGUCUGAGAGAAUGGGUAAUUGGUACAUUGGUGGUUUUGCUUUUGCAGUGGUAUGAUUACUUACCAUCCGUUUAAGUGAUUCGGCUCACACUUCCUGAUUAUAAACACUUUGUUUGGUGGUCAAUUAAAGCUGAAGUGUGCAAUUUCUGCGCCAUUAGCAGCACCAAACAGAAUUGCUAAAAUAAUCACUGUUAAAAAACAGAUUCCAGAAAACACCCAAUCUUCCAAUGGUUGGACAAACAGAUAGUCAAGCCUCAAACUCAUACCGUUGGUUGAGCCACUAUUGCCAACAAGAUCAAUCAGGAAAUCGACAUGUUGUUUCAGAACGUUUGUGUGCCAUAAAAUUGACACCAUAACAAAAAAUUACUGGCAUCCCCAAUCAGACAUUUUUACAUAAUUUCAAAUGCGUUUUCCUUUAUCUCUGGCAUUACUGUGGAAACCAUUAAGUAAUCGCAUUUGCUUAAACAGCAGUUGUUGCAUUUUCGCUUUAAAAUGACAUUUUUACUCCACUGAAGGUUAGGUUAAGGGUUGAAGAUUGGGGGUAAAUAUAAUAUGACUUCCUUUUGACUCUAUUACAUAAUUUACAACAAAAAAUUGUUGUAACUAGAUUUGGCAUCACUCUGUGGACAUUUCAUCCGGAAUCUGCAGUUCACCAGUGCCCAUCUGUUCAACAAUACUUCCUGCUUCGGCCACUAAGGACAGUUGUUCGAAUUUCGGUAUGCAAAGACCAAUUUCAGAAGUAGAAAUUUCAACGUACUUUUAGCGAAUUUACAUUGCGAUUAGAUUGGUCUUUCUGUGUUUAGCUGCACAGUUCACUCAAACAAAAUGUGAAAUGUUUUGAAAGCAUGUCAUAUGAGCAUGUUUAGGUAAAAGUAACUUGGGCGGGGGGAAAAAACUAAAGUGACUGAACUUUCAGUACUAGUGACAUGUUAGUGUAUCAGCCAAAUGCCAAAUUUAGCAAUCAUGGGUGGCGAAAUACAUUGACAUUCCCUACAAAAGUGUAUGUGAGAGUGCGGAGCCUUAAAUUUUUAAAAAAAAACGUGUUUUAUAGGCAUAAUACCUGUUUACUGAUGACAUGCUUUGACUCAUACUUGUUAUAAGCACUUGAGCAGCUAUAAUAACAUCAGUGUGAAACUGACUAAUGAGCCAUUUAAUACUCUGUGUAAAUACUACACUACACAAAAAAUAAAGGUUAAACUGUGGUAAAGCACGUGAAAGGGUGCCAAAACCGUGAGGAGUGGAAAUUAAUAAUUAUUUUUACGUUCCAUGACAGCUACACUUGUUAUUAAGCCAUCUUGAUGUAUACUUCACACUAUAUGUGAAAUUAAUAAUAUAAUAUGUGUAAUGAACCUCUUAUUAAUUAAGGUACAGGCAAAGUUUUUACAUGUUUUUUUACUUGUUCAAAUAAAUGUUACUAACAUUUUUGUGGUGCAUUUUAAGUACUUUAAGCCCAUCUAUAUCUACUGUAUUUAUUUACUUUGAGCCUUUUUGUUGUCUUAUUUUAAAUGCUUUCUGUAUUUCAAGUGCAACAUCCAUUCAGGUUAAUCACUUUGUAAAUGUGUGUACA